GCAGGAAGCAGACCGCCCAGCCUCGUGUGCGGUUAGUUCGGAGCUAAAGUUUAAAACAGUUUGUUAAAAUGUCCAAAAGCCAAACACUGAGAGCUUUGGUGAAUGAGCGGCUGACUGCGGCUGCUGAAGAGAUCUUUGGGCUGUUUGAAAGAACGAUAGCGGAGUAUGAGGAGGAAGUGUGUCGCUCCAAAGAGGAGAACCAGAGGAAACAGGAGCUCCUGGACUCGGUGCUGAGCCCGAGAGUCGUGCUGCUCAGGGCGGGUGUUCAGAUCCCCUCAAAGAGUCCUGGCCCCGGUCUGAACCAGGACCCUCCACAGACUCCACGGGUUAAAGAGGAGCCAGAGGAGCCGAGCGUCAAACAGGAGGAACACACGCUCCUAGUACAGGUCACGAUGGGCGUCCCAGAGUCCAGUGCUGCCUGUGCGACGACAGAAGAGUCCUCACUGCUUCAACAAAGACAAACUGAGCUCAGAGAAGAAACAGAGGGAGAGGACAUCAGCGCAGAGACACAUUUACACUCCUCUGACACUGUUAAUGAUGAAAACUGGGGAACUCUAUUCAUCUGUUCAGCUGCACAGAUGGAGACAGACGCAGAUGGAGACCAUGACAACCAAGUCCAGAAAGACCAAACGCUGACAACUUUAUUGAACGAGUGGCUGAGUGUGACUGCUGAAGAGACAGGUCUGAACCAGGACUCUCCACAGACUUCACAGAUUAAGGAUGCACCAGAGGAGCUGAGCGUCAAACAGGAGGAGCAGUUGGUAGUUGAAAGCAACCAGCCUGAGGUGGGUGAAGACAAACAGACUGAAAUAGAUGGAGCUAACCAGACAGAAAUGGAUGCAUGCAACCAGAGUUUGACAGGUCCAGAUCAUGAUCCACUCAGCCAAGAUGAAAAGAUUAUGACUGAGAGCAACCAGCCUGAAAUAGAUGAAGGCAACCAGAGUUUGAAAAGUCCAGACCGUGUACAUUCAGAAGUGGGUCAGAUAUCAGAUGCUGAUGAUAACCUGUCUGAUGAAGAGUACAUACCAGACUCCAAGUCACAAGAAGACAAUGAUUCAGAUAUUGGCAUACCUUUUAUACCUAAUCAGUCAAGAGAUGGACAGGUUACAGAAAAAAACUUUAUGCCUGAAGAAGGAACAUCUCAUCGAUUAGACGCUGACAUCCAAGUUGAGCCUACCACAUCCAAGGUUUCACCUCCUCUUGAAGACCAUGUGGUUUCCAAUAAUACUAAAACAUCACAUUCAUCUACUUCUACCAAAGGCACACCAAAGGAAAAUCCAAAGGAUGAAGAACAGCUUCCCAAUCAUGACUCAACACAAUUGACAAUGACUAUAAAAAAUUACUGUUACAUUUGUGGUAAGCCACAAAGCAAAAUUUCCCGCCACUUGAGAACACACACAACACACGAUGAAGUUCUACAUGUAUUUUCCCUACCUGACCACUCAAAAGAGCGGAAAAGAUUAUUAGAAAGAAUGCGGAAUAAGGGAAAUUUUAGACAUUACACUGCAGUUUUACAAGGCGCUUCAGGACCAGUGAAAGUUAAGAGAAAACCUAAAACUAAAGAAAUAUCAGGAAAGUUUAUUCACUGUAUGCAUUGUCAAGGGAUGUUCAUUCGGAAGGAACUUUGGAGACAUGUCCGCAAAUGCCCCUGUAAGCCAGACAAUGAAAUUACUGAUAAAGCACCUGGAAGAACCAAAGUACUGGGUGUGGCUGGUACUCUAGAGACUGUAUCUAGUCACCAGAUUUCAAGUGGUGUGUGGAAGCUCCUGACAGCCAUGAAACAGGAUGAGGUUGCCUCAGUUGUGCGAAAUGACCUGUCUAUCAUUCAGUUUGCACAGUUCCUCUACAACAGACAUGGACAAGACCCUACAAAGAGAGAAUACAUGAGACAGCAGCUCAGAGAAGUGGGCCGUUUGCUGUUAUGUCUGCGCACAGAAUUCUCAAUACAUAACCUGGAGGAGGCUGUUAAACCUGUUAACUUCCAGAGAGUUGUGCAAGCUGUGAAGAAAGUUGCUGGUUUCGAUGAAGAAAAACAACUGUAUGGAACACCAAGCCUAGCUCUUAAAUUGGGACAUACACUUAAAAAAAUCUGUGACAUUAUCCACUGUAGGGCUCUCGUGGUAGAAGAUGAAGAACUGUGCAAGUCCACCGAUAGAUUCAAGAAGCUGUACGCCUCCAAGUGGUCUGAAUUGGUGCCUCAUAGUGCCUUGAACACACUGAGUGAUGCAAAGUACAACAAGCCAUCAACAUUACUCUUCACUGAGGAUGUUCAGAUUCUCCAUCAGUACCUUGAGAAAUCUUGCAGAAAGUGCCUUUUCCAGCUUGAAGGAAGUGACUAGCCCGCACAACUAUGCUCAACUUGCAAAAGUUACACUUGCACAAAUCAUUGUGUUCAAUCGAAGACCUGCUGAGGAGGUUUCAAAAAUGCGGUUCAAAAGUUUUAAUGAAAGAGACGACACCAAGCUUCAUAAAGAUGUUGCCAUGGGUUUGUCAAAGAUUGAACAGAGGCUCUGCAACUAUUUUAGUCGAGUGGAAAUCGUGGGCAAAAGAGGUCGAAAGGUUACAGUUCUUCUCCCACCAAGUGCGGUGAAUUCUCUUUCACUACUGGCGAGUAAAAGAAGUGAAUGUGAUGUUUGUGCCACAAAUGUCUUCCUGUUUGCAAAACCCAAAUCAAUAAGCUAUUACAGAGGACAGGACUGUUUGCGUGUUUAUGCGGACCAGUGUGGAGCAAAGUACCCUGAGCAUCUCAGAUCAACACAACUCAGGAAACAUGUCGCCACACUCUCACAAGUCCUGAAUUUAAAACAUAAUGAACUUGAUCAGGUUGCAGAUUUCCUGGGUCAUGAUAUCAAUGUUCAUCGAAAUUUUUACAGACUACCAGUUCCCACAACACAGCUGGCAAAGAUUUCAAAACUACUUUUGGCAAUGGAGAAAGGACAUCUUUCCAGCAUGCGGGGAAAAUCACUUGAUGAGAUCGAGAUAGAGGAUGAAAUUGUGUUUAGUGAUACUGAAGAGAAUGAGUCUGAUGAUGGUGACACGGAAGUGAUAAAAACAGAAGAGUGUGGAACCAGUGAACCUGUUGAUGCUGCUUCACAGUCUACAGUCACAGAGCAGGUCCAUAGCACUGGAGAUUUUGCAGAAACUGUCUCAACAGUGGCAUCCACAAUUAAUGAGACUAUCCCAGGCUAUGAAGGGCAAGAUGCUGGUCCAACAUCCAACAAUGAAGGUAGACGAACACCUAAGAAAACAUGGUCUAAGGCUGAGAUCAAUGCAGUAAUGAAAUAUUUUAAAGUUCACAUAGCUAAAGGAAAAUUGGCUACCAAAACUGAAUGUGCUCAUUGCAAGUUGGUUGAAGGGUCUGUGUUAGAGCAAAGAACAGUGCAAAAUAUAAGGGACUUUGUUAGAAACCGAGGAGUAGCCGCAAAAAAGCUGUCAAGAAAGCAAAAUCUGUGACUUCACAAAUCUGUGUGCAAGAGAACAGUUUUUUUUUUUAUUGUUUUAAACCAAACAAGGUGUGUGCAGAAUCCCUCUUUUUCCUUUGAAUUUCUCCUUUGCCAUGGAUUGGCAAUUUUUCAACUGGGCAAACAUUGAUUUUGAUUUGAAAAAUUUGAAAAAUGUUUCACAGCUUAUCCAAGCUGCUUCUUCAAUUCUGGUCAGAGGUUGGUGGACACUGCCUAAUAUCUGCCAGAAGGGGGCGCUCACUACACUGAAACUCCUCUGAAACUAACACACCUACUUGUUUAGUUUCUGUUUGUUAGGCCCAUUCAACUGCACUGAGUGUGGGUCAUAUUAGCAGAAUCAUUCAGGCCCAUAAUGGAGCUUUCACACCUCUGGCUCUGACCUGACUAACACCAUUGUUUUCUCUGAUUUAGCUCUGAGGAUGGAGUUGUAGAUGGAGACAGAUGAGGUCCGAGGCCUCUUUCUGUUCAAGGAAGGAUUGUCUUAACAAAAAUAGCCUCUUUAACUCCCAUCUAAAAUUCUUUUCUCUGACUAAAAUCUGUACCUCACUGUCCUCAAAGGAGAAUCCUGGCUUUUAGGUGGAGAAGUAUAGCAGACUGAGGUCCACUUUGAACAUAGUGAGAAUUUCUCUUGCCAUUAAUCAGGGUGGUUUCAAUAUAAAAUGUUCAUCUUUUUUAUUUAUAUUGUUACCUUUUUUUUUUUUGUAUUUAAUUUGCGCAUACAAUAAUGUGCUUUUACAGUUCAAAGUAAUGACAUGUCCUGCUGAUGCUGUGCUGUCAGGUACAUGUAUGUUAUGUUUAUGUUAAAUUAAAAAAAUGACAUCACUGUCCGGAUAGUGUUUCUUUCUGUCCUCAUAAACCACACAUUUGUCAAAAUGUGAAUUGUCUGCUUAAACCAUAAUUUGAACAGGGUCGUGUGU